UUGUCAGUAAAGUAAGCGUUGGUGUGAUUUCAAAACAGAAAGGCGGGCAUUGCGAAAAGAAAAGAUGAAGAUCUUAUUUGGGUUUUGAUAAAACUUUCCGAGAUGAAUCAUAAUCGGCAACACUUUGGGUGCUCCUCCGUGAAAAGUGAUGAAUCAUCACAACAGCUGAUUAUCAAAAAUGCAUUUGACCGAUUAUAUGAGAGAAGUCCACUCCCUGAACUUCUCCAAAGUCACCUUGGGAACAGUCCGAAGAAAAGGUUCCAUGGAACAGGCAACGCAACACCAUCUGACAGAUUUAACCAGAUUUAUGCAUCUCUGAAGAAAACAAGAAAGACUGAUACUUCACUUUCUCACUCAGACCAUAGUGCUAGUUUUUCCCACAACAACAGUUUCUCCAAAGACUAUGUCCAUGAUUCCCCACACUUGAACAGAAGUUCAGAUUCUGUGUUCAGGAGUCCUGUUCGACACUGGGAUGACAGAGACACAAGUUUUAGCAGAGGUGCAGAAAACAAAAAAAAUCCUAAUCAGAACCGAAAUAACAACUACAACAGUGAGUUUUCAUUGAGACUUGACAAUGAAAAGAAUGUAAGACACAAUAUUGAAGUGUAUGGAGAAUCAAGAGACAAGUUUGUCGGAGAAUCCACUCAGGGAGUAAACUCACAAGUUUCUUUUAGGGAUGAUGAUUUCAGAGAAGAUUUUGAAUGUGACAGUGAAAAUCGUGAAAUCGUAGAAAGAGGGGCAAAUUUUAAGCAUAGAAACCAUCAGUAUAGGAAGGAAAGGGACACUCAAAUCUCUGGGAGAUAUCGCAAGGAGAAUGUAAACCGUACAGGCAUGUCUGGUUGUCAAUGGGACAAAUCAGACUCUCAUAGGGACAUUCAAAAUUUUGACAUGCUCACAGGUAACCAAGAAGACAACCAACUUGUUUCCCCUGUCAUACCAAUCCAAGGGCGUGGACGCAAACCUCUUUGCACCAAGGGACCUGUGAUGUCUGAUCAGACACACUCUCGUUAUGAAAUAUUAAGAUCAAAAGAAAGAUCUUGUAGAGAAGAAAGGAGUAUUAAUAAAGGCAGGGAAGCAACAGUUGAUUACAAUAGUGAAUCCGAUUUUGAGAGAGAAUAUGGAAAUCCUGGUUGUGAUAGAGCUGAAUCAGAUGGAAGCAUUAGUGAUAUUGACCUUAUACAAAGUGAUAAUGAGGACAUCCACCCCCAUCCGACUGACCACAACAGUCAGGGCCAUGAGGGAAAUCAUGAGCUCCAGUCUAUCUCCCAUCAAGGUACAGAGAUUGACACAGAAGAUACUCGAGUACAUCAUGGAUCUGUAUCCAUGGCUGAUCAGGAUGCAGAAAAAGUCUUACUAGAUCAACCUAGUGAGGCAGCCAUUGGCAAGAGGAGUCUGGGCAAGAAAGGCAAAUGUGAUAGUGAUAGAGAUAAUAGGUCUGACAAUAGAGGAGAAAGUGAAAGGUGGCAUCAUCUACAGCAGAGGACACCACAGAAUAUAAUAAAGUGGAGGAUACAUUAGAGGACAUAACAGCAGAGGACACAUUGGAGGAUAUAUUAGAGGACAUAACAGCAGAGGAUACGAUGGACGAUAUAUUAGACGAUGUGACAGAAGAGGACACAAUAGAGAAUGGUCCAG